UGUAGAGACACUGGAUUUGGAUCUAUAACUAACGCAAAGAUGUCCGGGAACCAUGAUAGCCUGGGUAUAUCUGUAACCUACAGUGAGCUAGUGACUAUAGACCAGGAGGACAUAAUCCUGAUAAUAGACGUGGAUUCAGCGGUUUCCUUGUGCUCAGAAUGUGUCGCAAAUAAAUCCACGAAUCCUGUGGAUGUCUUGACAUUGUGGUUCAAUAAACUAUUGAGAGCAUACAUGGAUGAAUCAGUCUGCUGCGUGCGAGUAGUUAGGGAAAUGUGCAAGUGGUUUACGAUUGAAUCACAAACUGGCAGUGAAGUCCACAGCGGUCAUAUAAAACUCAUGUCUAUGGUCCAUGCCUUUGCAUUUGAAUUCAGGGAUCAUUUGCUAAAAGCAGGCGAACGUCUGGUUCAUAUCCUUGCCUAUUUUGUCUUUUUAGUGAUCGACUUUUGUUUAGAAAGCGAUAGGAGUCACCACCAGAUUGUUGCGGAUCUUCAGCUCGCUACGCUUUCUUUAUUGAAGGACACCAGCACUAAAUCGGCAAAAGUCCACCCCCGCCUUGUGCUCUUAAUGCAAAAGAUAAUGGAAAUCGCAGAUUUCGAAGGAACGCGUAUUGGUGAUCUGCAGUUGUCUGUAAAGACAAGUGAGACGAUGGCUCACAUGUGCUUGCACUUCAUGUCAAACUGCCAUGCUGAUCCUAAGGACGAAAUGCCCGAUUGGCUUAGGGAAACUGUUUUGCAUCUAUGUGAAAUGGUUAUGAGUUUCUUGGAUAGUACUUUUAACAAGGGCACACCAAAUGUUCCUGCGGAAAAGUUAAAAGAGCUUGUAGUUGUUAUCCGGACCUAUUUGUUAAUGUUACACCAUAUUCUUAAAAAAGGUGUAGGUCUUGUUGAUGUUGAUGUAGCUGCUUGUCUGAUGGAUUUAAUAAUGUGUGAACAAACGAGGCUAUCAUAUUACUCUGACAUCGAACAGAAACAGCUCAUUUCAACGUAUGUAAGACCACUUGUAAUAGAUAUUUUAGAGCUGGCUUACUCAUUCCAAGAAUGUCAAGAUUAUUUAAUAUCCAGUUUUGGUACCCCAGAAUCUGACUACUUCUACGUUUGCAUUGAUUUUUUAAAUGCUGUAUCUGCAGACAAUGCCGAUGUACUUCCAAGUACAUGCCGGACUCUACAAAAUAUUUUUGAGUAUAUGUUCAAAGAUGCCAACAAUUUUGUCUAUGGUGAACGCUUUAAUCUAGUACUGGAUGCUUUUGGUAGUCUUUUGUAUUUAGUGGGUAACAUAGAAUUACAUAGGUAUUUCUGUACCGGCAUAUUUAAACAGGAUAUUGUUACAUCCGAAGUGUGUGCGGAGAUUCUUAUGUUGUGCUUUCGGCUGAAAGAGGCUAACAAGUGCUGGACAGAUCAUGACAUAGAACAGGCUAUAGCGUUCUGGCAUAAGUGCAAUAAUUCUUUCGCCAUGUUUUCCACAAAUCCCAGCCAAUUGCUUGUGCAACGAUUCCUUAGGUAUUUCCACUGCUUGGGCGAGCAUGAACUUCCUGUCAUAAGCCUUCAAAACUUUCGACAUCUGUCUGCCGUUGCAAAAACAGAUGGCCACGUAGGAAUGAAGAUAUUAAAGCGCUUAGAACUCAUCUCCUCCUCAGCGCCCACAAAAGUUGAACUCUACUAUGAAAUUGUUGCUCUGCAGGAACUUUUGGUGCAACACGAUCAAAUAGACUGCUCCCAUUGGUUUCAGCGAACAUCGGAAAUGGCCAAGAAACUUCUAAGCAUUGACAAGAGCAUUGCCUAUGCUAAUGCUUAUUUCAAACUACUAGCACGUGGGAAUAAAUCCACCCAAAUACUGAUACUCAGGGGACUGCCACCAAAUAUUGGAUGUACAAACUGGCACCGACAGAAAUUCCUUGACUCCUGCAAAGUUAGCGAUGACGCCCAACUGAGAGCCUUUAGUGCCCGCCAUGCCAUAGACCCAUUGUUUAGGGCUUUGCUGGAUAAAUCCGGAACGUUGCUCGACGGUUCAAUUAAUCUCAGUAAAUCAAGCUACAUUCGGCAUGGAGAUCACAAAUGUCCAGGCUAUAGCUUAAAACGUAAGCGGAGUGGAUUGGCGUCUAAAAAAAUCCUUCGUGAAAUAUAUGAGGCCUCUCUUCAGCUUUGCCAGUGCAGUACGGACUUCGAUGCUGCCGAUUGGGACUUGCACAAGAAAAUUAUGGACAAUUUGAGUAGAAUCGUACCCUAG